AUGUCAUCCCACUUUUCAUCCGAUUCGUCUAGCUCUUCAUCUGGUGGUAUUGUCGAUGAUAUGCUUAUCAUAGUGACGGAGGAGGCGAUUAAGUAUUUGCGAGAAGAAGCUCAAUCAUCUACAACGCGUACCAGACAAGCGCCUCUUGAACGAGAUCGGUUAGGUGCUCAUCAACGUUUAAUGCGCGAUUAUUUUGGUGAAAAUCCGUUGUACGACGAUGCGCAGUUUAGGCGUCGGUUUCGUAUGAGCCGUCGUCUUUUCUUAAGAAUUUCUAAUGAUCUUGCGGCCCAAUGUCCAUUUUUCACACUAAGAGAAAGUUCUAGUCGCAAAAUUGGUUUCUCUGGAACACAAAAGUGUAUUACCGCAAUUCGGCAAGUUGCGUACGGCAUAACGAGUGAUGCGUGUGACGAAUAUUUAAGGAUGUUAGGCAGAAGUUGUCGUGACUGUCUUGAAAAUUUUUGUGAAGGUGUUAACUUUCUUUACGGGAUGCGAUAUUUGAGGAUGCCGACCGCUAACGACGUUCCACUUUUAUACGAGGCCUAUCAGCGAAUACACAGGUUUCCCGGGAUGUUGGGUCUUUUCCACGAUGUCAUAGAUGGUGUUGCACCAAAUACUUCAUUCUAUGCAAACGAUGUGGAGUAUAAGUAUGGAUACUAUCUUGUCGACGGUAUUUAUCCGGAGUGGGCGACAUUGGUAAAAACUCUUUCAUGUCCAGAUGACGAGAAAAGAUUGUAUUACAAGAAGAAACAAGAGUCAGAAAGAAAAGAUGUCGAGCGGGCCUUCGGUGUAUUAAAAAAGAGAUGGUCUAUCAUUGCCCAGCCGUCGGAUAUACUUGAAAAGAGUAAAAUGAGAAACGUCAUGUAUACGUGUAUCAUCUUGCAUAACAUGAUCUUGGAGGACUUGGGCAGAGCAUUUUGUGGAGGAAGUUAUGAUGAAGGUAACCAAACGACGAACCCACUACUUACAUACACUCAAAAAGAAGUUAUCCGAGCGAGGAUACGUGACAGGGACACACACCUUAACCUUCAAGCUGAUGUGACCGAGCACCUAUGGUUUGAUCGUGAACAAGGAGAAGACGACGAGUGA